AUGUCGGCUACUGCGCCACCGCCCUAUUCGUACAACACACUCCCGCAGGAGGAGACUGCGCAUGCAGAUGUGGACCCGGAUGACUUUAAGGUCGGUGUGACAGUGGAGCAGAGUGCUCCCGAGAUCCGCGCGAUGUUUGUGCGCAAGGUACGUACGGCGCUCGUCUUACGACAGGUGUAUUCGGUCCUGUUCUGCCAGAUCCUUGGCUCGGCUGUCGUUGCGACCGCGCUGAAUGCGAGUGUGGCAUCUGCGUGGAUCCAGUCAAAUGCGUGGAUCAUGCUUGUCGCCCUCGUGGGCUCCUUCGUCUCGCUCGGCCUCGUGUACUGGAAGCGCCACACGCACCCGACGAACCUCGUUAUGCUCGGCCUCUUUACGGCUUUCGAGUCGCUUUCGCUUGGUGCACUGAUUAGCUUCAUGGACCAGAGUGUCGUGUUGAAGGCAUUUGUGGUGACCACGUUCGUGUUCCUCGGCCUCACGCUGUUCACCCUGCAGUCCGAGUACGACUUUUCGUCGAUGGGCGCAUGGUUGUACUGGGCGCUGCUGCUGCUAGUGGGCACGGGCCUUGUGCAGAUGUUCUUCCCCUACAACCACAUGUUCGAGCUCGCGUACUCGGCCGGCGGGUGCGCUGUGUUUAGCGGCUACAUCGUGUACGAUACGUGGCUGCUUCAGCGGCACCUGUCGCCGGACGACUGGGUCCUGGCGAAUGUGUCGCUGUACCUCGACGUGGUGAAUUUGUUCCUGUCGAUCCUGCGGCUCAUGAACUCGUCCGAUGAAUAA